AUGUUCAACCAAGCCUGUAAGCUUUUUGUGGGAGGACUCAAGGUAGACACCAAUGAUUACGGGCUGCGCAAGCAUUUCGAGCAGUUUGGCACCCUCAUCGACUGUGCCGUCAGAAAGAUCGACUGUGCCGUCGUCCCACACAAGACGGCGCAACGCUCUCGCUGUUUUGGCUUUGUGACCUACUUAACACCAGAGGAGGCCAACGCAGCCAUGGCGGCAAGUCCACACACAGUGGAAGGGAACUGGGUUGAGGUCAAACGAGCUGUUCCAAAGAAACAGGCCGAUGAGUCUGAAGCUCGUGCCAAGGUGAAGAAAAUCUUUGUUGGUGGCUUGAAAAACGACAUCCAAGAGGACGACCUCACCGACUACUUCUCUCAGUAUGGUGAAGUGGAAAACUCUGAAAUCAUCUCAGAGAAGACGACCGGAAAGAAACGGGGUUUCGGCUUUGUGCACUUCACGGAUGACUAUGCGGCAGACAUGGCCGUGGCUGUGCCUUUCCACACAGUGAACGGACACAGGGUUGAGGUAAAGAAAGCUGUUCCCAAGCAGGAGAUGCAGGCACCCAGCAGAAUCAGAAUGACGCCAAGAGACAAUUCACGCCGCACCAUGAUGGAAAACCAAAACGACGCCAUGGAUUAUGGCCAAAAUUACGGCUAUGGAAAUGGCGGAGGAUAUGGCGUUUAUGGGGGGUGCUGCUGCCCAUGCAGAGGCGGCUGUUCCGACCAACAAAAUGGUUACGGAGGCGGCAAUUCCUACCAGCAAAAUGGUUACAGGGGCAGGAAUGGCUACAAAGGUCGUGGCCAUGGCCAGCAGUCUUCUGGCUCCGGUCCAAUGAAAAAGUCUUUUGGUGGUCAGAGAAGCUCUGCUCCUUACACAAGAGGCAAACAGUAAAGACUUAGAGGAAACGUGAAAUAAUUGUAGGAAAUUCACGUUUCAGAACACCUAAAUUAAUAAACAAACUUUUUAUGAUAAUAGGAAAUACAAAAAUGAGGAUUUAGACUUAACGCUUAAACAAAUUUUUUAGGAAAGUUUUUUUGUGCAUAUUUAUUUUUUAUUUAGUUGUAGGAAUUUUUAAUUUAUUAUAGCUCAACAAUCCAUUAAUGUGAGGUUUCACCUUUAUGAAUUUGCAUUUGGGAAUAAAAUGUUGUGCAAUGCAAAUCCAUGUAUUGAUUCUAAAGUCUAGAUUUUUUUCAAAAAGAGGUUUAUUUUAAUUUUAAUAGCAUUCCAAUUGAAAUUGUCUUUUGUAACAAUUUUACCUGUCAAGUGAUUUAGAAAAGAGGACCAGAACAGUUUAGGAUGUAAACAAUCAAAAAACAUUGCAGAAAUCAAAGCUCAACAGGUGGAAUGGUGUUGCUCCAUUCCCCUGUUUUAACUGCACCCCUCGGUGUACACACACAACAACAAGAGGAGGGGGGUCACGUCAGGCCCUGUCUCUUGUCUUGAGGUGGGAUGGGCCUAUGACUGAUGCCGGGGUGGUGGGGGUGUCUUGGGGGAUCCUGUUCCCCGUAACAUCUGAGCUGGGAGGACCACGCUUUUUUUUAGCUGCAACAAAGACACUGACUUUGAAUUAGAAAACUAUGAACUUAACUAUGUGAUCAGAGCAGACAAAAAGGGUGGAGGAGUCACAAUAUAUGUGAAAAGAAAUAUUAAGUUUACAGUAAUUGAUAAAUCGUCAGUAUCAAUGGAUGGAAAAUUGGAAUGUAUUACACUUCAAAUAUGUAACGAUUCAGGGGAAAAUGUCAUUAUACGCUGUGUAGAAAGGUCACCAGGGUCAAGCUUAAAGGUGUUCAGUGACUGGAAGGAAAGGUGUUUAACUCUCAAAAUAACAAAAUAUUAUUCAUCUGUGAUUUCAAUAUCGAUCUGAUAAACAUCAGCAAACAUAAAACAACCAAAGAUUUUAUCAGCAGAAUGUAUGGAAUGAGUUUAUGUCCAGCCAUAACAACCCAGCAGAAUCACUACUCAAAAUGCUAAUCUGAUUGAAAACAUAUUUACAAAUAAUAUAGAAUACACUCAUAUGAGUGGACCAAUGACAUGUGACAUAACUGAUCAUUUACCAUUUUUG